GACAUUUUGUGAAUUGUGAUUGUUGUCAUUUUAUUAUUAUUGUUAAUUAUUUACCCUGAUUUAGAUUUAAUUUUCGAUUCUCUCCACUUAGAUAACACUAAAAUCUAUCGUUUUUAUUGCGACCAAACUUACAAUAUAAAUAGUUUCCUUCAACUCAAUGAAAAGAACCCGAAACGAUGCAGUCAAAGCUGCAGUUACUUCCUACUUAGAAAGGAGAAAUUAUCCAGAUAUCGAUUUCUUUAAUAACAGUUCGACAAGUCGUAGCGCUGAAGAAAUGGCCGUAGCGACCAUAGUACAGUACGAGUCCAGCCGGGCUAAUUCGAUACUAUUUUCUUGUAUCAACAAUGAUCCAGGGAAUUAUGACGUUCAAUAUACCAGGCUUGUGAGUUUUAUAAAGGAAAUUAAAAUAGAGAAUGUUAAGAAUGAACUGCUGGGGUUACUGACCCCGCUGCUAUGUCACAUGUACCUGGAGAUGCUGCGCGGAGGUCAUGGUGGUGCAGCACAAAUGUUCCUCAAGAGACACUCUGCAACACUGCCACAGAAGGAUCUAUCCUAUCACCAGCCCAUUGACGGAAACCUACCGUCAGCAUUAUAUCGACCAAACAGCUUAGAGCAACUAUUCAAUUCAUUACAAAAUGGCACAAUCGACAAUGAGGCACCUGAAAAAGAUUAUAUGAAUCAACUACUGGAUGAUAUUGGUUCUGUGUAUACUUUACAAGAAGUUGAAGCCAGACCAUCUAUUGCAGCUUUUAGGUCCUGCAAAUAUGAUAUCUAUUUAUCACAGGAUGCAUUGAAUAUGCUAAAAGCAUAUUUGGCUAAACAUAGCCAUGUCCUGCUGAUUCAGGUGUUGCAGACCUGGUUUCAUAUUGACAUCAAUACAGACAACAAGAAAAAUUCAGAAGAUGAUGAAGAACAACCUGAAGAUGAAAUGUAUAUGAAUGCAAAUUGUGAGGAACGUUUAAAUGAUAAACAUGAUAUUUUUUCAAAGUGUAAUGGCCAUGCAGAAUAUCAGUCAGUUGAUAAAGAGUUAAGAGAACUGCAAGAUGCAAUCAAAGGAGUCAAAGAAUCGAUUGCACCACUUAAGUUAUAUAAAAUAGCAGCACCUGACAGUCAUUUAGUAUGUGCGAAAACGGACCCAUGCUGUAAUGUGCUAUGUGGUGGCUUUGAUAAUUCAGAAAUAAGACUGUGGGACAUUGGACAGAGUUACGUGAAGAGAAAAAUUAAUAGAAACAUUUCAGAAAUAGAGCUCGCAUGCUGCAUACCACCUGAACCGGACACUGUUAUGGAUAAUGUUUUUCAAAUAGGAUCAGGUCUAGCCCUGAGAGGACACUCGGGGCCAGUGCAGGCUGUCAGCAUUCUGUCGCGAGAGGAGUUGGUGCUGUCAGCUUCACAUGACAACACAAUGCGCGCUUGGAGACUUGCUGAUUAUUCAUGUGCGUCCAUAUACAGGGGCCACAACUAUCCAAUAUGGUGCAUGGAUGUAUCCAAAAAUGGUCUGUUCAUAGUGACUGGUUCUCAUGAUAAAACAGCCAAACUGUGGUCAUUGGACAGAACAUUUCCCGUGCGAGUGUUUGUUGGGCACACAUCUGAUGUUAUUUGUGUUAAAUUCCAUCCCAACGAGGCGUACAUGGCGACGGGCGGCGCGGACCGUAGCGUACGCCUGUGGAGCGUGUGCGACGCGCGGCUCGUGCGCGUGCUGUGCGGACACCGCGCCCCCGUGCGCGCGCUCGCCUUCUCGCCGCUCGGCACGCAUUUAGCUAGUGCUGGGGAUGACAAAAAGAUAAAAGUUUGGGAUUUAGCAGCAUGCACUUGUGUACAUGAGUACAGAGGGCACCACGGCAAAGUCACUGCCCUCGACUGGUCUGCGGUGGGGAAGCCGAGUUUAACUAACAGGGUGUUGCCAGAUGUAACUGACACCAAUGCAGACAACUCAAUAUUAUGUUCAGCGGGAAUGGAUGGCGUCAUAAAGGCAGUGUGGGAUAGUUACAAGAACAAGCAAGUGAGCCAGGACAUUUCAACUUCUGUUUACAAUACAAAAUGUUCAUAUUUAGUGGAUGUGCAAGUACAUCCUGAUUGGUUGGUGGCAAUAGGCGCUAAACGAUAACUGAAUAAAUGUGGUUAUUUACAA